AUGCCGAGCGACCCUACCGAAUCGUUGUCAACUAUGCCGGAAGACGCAAAUCAAGCUGAUACACCAGACCAAGUGAAGAUGCAGGGAAAUCCACCCCUUCUCAGACUUCCGAUCGAGCUGCUCUUGUCUGUAGUAGAUUUGCUUGACGAGGUGCAGACACCCUGCCUUGCACUCACUUGUACCAAGCUCUGGUCAGUUCUUACGCCCACAAUGGCAAAGCAGAAGUCGAAGUACCGCGAUUUCAAGCAGAUAUUCACGAUUCGAAGGGAUAUCAUCAAGACAAUCGUGCGUGACCUGCCCAACCACCAGGUCUGUCUGCACUGUCUUAAUAUCCACGACCCUUCCAAGACAGAGCCCCGGAUUAUCUUCCACGAGGGCGAUCUCGUUGAUCCCAAAACAAUUUGUGAACGGUGUGGGAGCGGCAUGAUCAACCGGGCUCUUGAAUUCCAGAUCAACUGGGAUAAGAGAUACAAGAUGCUUUACCGCAUCAGGUUCUCGGACGUACAGCUUGCUAUCCAGCGUUUUGCCGACAAACCGAUUGAAGGUCUUGUCCCUUCACUCUGCCAUACACAAGUCACUUGCUUGGAGGUGAACAGCGUGGAUCCUGACGAGGGGUUGAAAACCGACAAACAUACCAUGCUUACUUCGAUCCAAGCGAUGAUCGCAAAGGCAGAGCCAGACAAUCUACCGAGGCUGCUUCUUCGUAUUCAGCACGUCAUGACCGCGCGAGCCCGCAAGCGUGACCACACUAUCAUGGACGGCAAGGAACUGCCGCACCCAUGCUUCCACGGGGACAUACGGUGGUGGAUCAACAAGUUUACCCGAGAGCCUCGCAAAAGAGGACCGAAAGAAUUAGGAUUUAAGGAUUCCGAGUUCCGAAAUAGGACGUACCACGUCCUCGAUCAAUGCAUCAAAUGUCAGGUCGACUUUCAACUGGACGUCGUGAAUGAACGAUCUACCGGGUGUGGAUUCACUCUGGUGCUGACUAGAUGGGUCAACCUAGGCCCCGGUUUGAGCCCGGAGGACCUAGAGUGGAAAGUACACUCUGAGUGCUGUCCAACUACCAACGCACCGUACGGGAAUCCCCGGGAUGUAUUCGAAUCCCGUACCGACAAAUCGUGCAGUGCUCUCCAAUCUUCCAACUUGUUUUACCUCCAGAAUGAGAACUAUCGAGGUCUGAUGGAAAAUUCCAACCAGGAUCCUGAUGUUUGGGUGCUGCGGUCUCCAAGACAGGACAGUGCCUAUCAAUUGGCAAAGAGGAUUCGACGGGCGGUUUACCUUGCCGGAGAUGCAUCCGAGACUGACGAAUAUGACGAUGAAAGAUACACCGACGAGACAGACGAUUCUGACCAGGGGGAUGUUGAAGAUGUCGAGGAAUAA